CUCUAGAAUUUUCUUAUAUACUUUUGAUCAUGACCGUUGUAGAAGUGGACUGGUGGCAAUGUGACCUCCAGUGAAUAAGUUUCGAUCAACUGGUAAAACGAUUUCAAAACAAAAAUCCAAAAUGGCGCGUAUAGAAGUUAUACUGCUCUUCGCAUUGGUUUCUACAGUUGCGUCUUUUGAUUUCGAAAAUGACGAUUUCUUCGACGACAUGGCGGAAAACGAAAGCGAUAAGCGAGGAAAAGUCUCCACAAAAUCGGAUGUUGACGACACGGUCUUCGUAUCUCAAUCAACUAGUAGACUCGAGGAUGGCACUGAGUCAAUAAUAAAGGAAUCGGUAAGAUGGGUGAAGAACCCAAAAACUGGGAAAUUCUCAAAAAUAAGAACAACUCGGCAUUUCAAUAGACUGGCAAAUGGCACUGUCUUGGAAGUAGAGGACAACGGGUCUGGCGAAGUGAGAGAAGGGUCUGGCGAAAUGAAAGGCGAAGGAAAAGUAACCAAAAUUGAUUGCAUCAAUGGAGAUGACUGCAAGGAAGGACAAUUUUGUGAUGAACUGUCUUAUGCAUGCAAAAACUGUUUGAAACUCAACCAAACAUGCACCAAGCACAGACAAUGCUGUGAGGGAUCAAUGUGCAGAAAUGGCAAAUGUGAAGAAAUAACAGGCCAAGAAGGUGACCCAUGCGAUAAGGAUAAAGAUUGCAAGCCAAAUCACUGUUGUGCAUACGAUAAUGGAAAAGAGGUUUGCAAGCCAUAUCUGAAAGAUGGUGACGUUUGUGGAGAGCAUACAUUUUCAGGAUUUCCAUCAUUCUUUGCAAGCAGAUUUUUAGAGGGUGGAAAGAAGACCAACUGUCCUUGCCUCAAAGGACUGCAGUGCAAGGGACAGAGCUCAUACUUCUUCUACAAAAAACAAAGAUGUACGAAGAAAAAGGCAAAGAAGUCAAAGAAGCAAAAUAAGAACAAAAAACUGCAUGCAAAGAACAAAGAGGAACGACACAAAAAAGAGGACAUGGACGAGGACAGAAGUAAAGUAAAUCUGCUUCCUGAUGAAAUGAUGAUGAUUGACAAUCCUGAUGAUUAUGAUGACACGACAGAAAAUGGAAAGAGUGACAUGAACGACGCUAUACGCGAUGCAAAUGAUUACGACGAUAAUGAAGAGGAAGAAAAUUUUGCAAAAAGAAGUCUUGAUAAUGAAGCAUUUACAGACGAUGGAAUAGAAAGCAAUAAUAUGCUUGAAAAUAUUCCGAGAUUUAUUAAAGGCCUUUUGAAAGGUCUAUUUGACCAGUUUGACUGACAAAGCUAGCAGUUACGUCACAACUCAGUAGCUUGCUAGACAUUAGAUCUACAACAUUAUCUAGAUCUAUGAUUCGUGCCUUAUUUUUGAAGGCGUACACCUAUUUGUUUAAUUAAAAUUGAGUUUAAUGCCAAAACCAUUCAUUUGUAUUUUUCCUUGAAUUAGAUUCUUAUUAAAGAAAUCAUUUUAA